GAUUAACUUUUGGGCCCAAGGGUUCUAAAAUUGUACUCCGUAACAUAUAGUCUCGGGUCAUUUCUUACCCAUACCUUACCUCCAAAAUCCGGUCCAGUAGUUAAUUCAAAUAAAUUCGGUUGGACUCAAAACUAAUUCAAAUCUCCGAGUCCGAUAAACUCUGCAAUUUGGAGGAGGAGGCGGAGGAGGUCGAUGGGCGGCGGCGGAGCCGGUACGCCGGAUUUCUUUUACAGGGAAGCUCAGCGCCUGGGUUAUGUCGCUCGCUCGGCCUUCAAGUUACUGCAGAUGCAGAAGCAGUAUAAACUCAUAACCCCUGGUUCCUCUGUUCUUGAUCUAGGUUGUGCUCCCGGUGCUUGGCUUCAGGUGGCGUGCCAGAGUUUGGGUUCAUUGAAAAAUAAUGGCGCUGUUAUUGGGAUCGAUAUUAAGAGCAGAAAGUUAAGGUUCCAGCUAUGCACUGCGAUUCAAGGGUUCAAACUGUUUGUGCUGAUGUUAUGAAAUUGCCCAAGAACCAAAUUAGGGAUCUCUCUCCUCAGGUUUUUUGGAACAUAUUUCAAAAGGUUUUGUAGUUUGCACUGUUCGGCUAUGUGUUCUUUUAAUACAGUACAAAGUACUUU